AUGUUCUUUCGAAAGAAAGACCGGGAUGAAGCACCAGUGAUAGACGCCCACAAACAGAAACCGCCUGUACCACCUAAGCGAACUAUUCUUCCAAGCUUUUUACAUAAGUCAGAGAAGGCCAUGCCAGAUGGAAAUGGCUCUACCGCUCCUGAAUCUAAUUCUAUUUAUGAUGUACCGAAGGCAAAAUUUUCUAUGGCUGCUGCUGAUGGGGAGGAUGACGUGAUUGCAAAAGAUGAGGUGUUGCCGUCGGUACGGGGAUUUGAUUCACCCAAGGACUUCAACAUUCAGGGACUUGCUUUACCAGCACUUGCAGCCGUGCAAGUCAAAGUUCGGACGCUGGUGCUAAAUAAGGGAAUCACAGGAGAUUUCGGUUUCUCCGUUCGUCGUGUGCAGUUUCCUUCUAAUAGGCAUGGUGGUUUGAGAACUGUAGUAUUCGCAGAGCCUUCAAACAUGCGAACAGGACCACCACGGCCUGAUGACUUGAAAAAUGGGCUUCUUCCUGGAGAUCAACUGAUCAAGGUGGAUGGAAAAAGUGUGAAUGCUAUGUCUCGUGAUGAGCUGCAGAACGCAAUUAGAAGUGCUGGAGAUCAAAUAGUGCUGGAGGUAAAAUCCGUUCCCGAACUAGCAGAAUUUUGCGACCGAAAGCACCGCCAGACUGGUGGGAGAGUAGACGAUGAUCAAUUGAUGCUAGGCCACAUCAAUACAAAUCUUUACGAGGAUAUUCCUGAAGAGCAACGGUAUUGGCUUAUCCACAAGGGCGGUUACACAAUCGUACGGCUUCUCGAACUUCUUCCUGAUGGAAGAGCUCUAAUUCGGGUUGCGGGCCGUGAAAUGACUGUUGAUUCGACUGAUAUCGAUAGGAUGAACCCAACCCAUUUGGAUCGGGCAGGCGAUGUGGCUGCGCUUUGUUAUCUCAACGAGACGAGUGCCGUUCACUUAUUGCGGCAACGGUUUGGGUGCAAUCUGCUAUAUACAAACGCUGGUCUCAUUAGUCUUGUCUCUCUCAAUUCCUUCGAAGAAGGUGCAGUCGGUCAAGAUCGGCUCGUUUCCUUAUUCAAAGGAUGUCGACGUGGACAAAUGCCUCCUCAUAUUUAUGCUACUGCACAACAGGUGUAUAGAAAUCUGCAAAUGACGGGUCAUAAUCAAUGCAUUGUGCUAACAGGCAGUAGCGGUAGCGGGAAGACAACCCAACUUCGCAACUUUGUACAUUAUCUUGCGGAAGUAGCUGGAUGGACGCGCAGCUUGCCAUAUGAGAAGCUGGCAUUAGCGUUAGGUGUCGUUGAAGCUUUCGGUCAUGCAGCGUCACCUCUUCACCGCGAUUCGACCCGCUUUCUUCAUUUGUUUUCACUCGGCUUUGACAAAGCUGCAGCGCUGAGAUCAGCUCGACUACAAAUAUCGCUGUUAGAAUCAGAUCGCGUGGUGAGAAGGAGAAGCGGUGAGGCAUCUUUUCAUGUGUUCUAUUACUUGUGGGAAGGAGCAGAGGGAGCGCUCCGGGAACGACUUCAACUGGACUCGAUUGAGCAGCCUGCGAUCGUGCCAUAUUGCAAGGAGGAAGAUCGGCAAAGCGCCAAGGAGGCAUGGAAUCGUCUUAUACAUGCGCUGACGGAAUUAGGUGUCUCUGAAAGUCAAAUUUCGGCAAUUUCAUCUGUUCUUGCGGCGAUUCUCCACAUUCAAGCUGCUGGUUGUACACCAGGCAGUGCCCAGCGUGCUCACUUCCUUCGAGUGGCCCACGCUCAGCAAGCUGCCGCUCUUCUAGGAAUAUCAACGGAGGAUCUUGGGAAUGCUUUAUUCCGAGGGAAGACCUCAAACAGUACUGUUACUGCAAAGGUCACCGCUGCAAGCCGCAUGGCUCUCACUUCUCGUGGGCCAGAUGCUCCUGAAGCUUUGGUUUCGUUCUGCUCUGGUCUUUAUCAAGAACUUUUCUAUACGAUUGUUGAGCUCGUUAAUAAGGCCCUCCUGUCGAAUGCAGCUUGCACGUGGAUUUCAAUUCUUGAUUACACUGGUUCUUCAUUUCACUCAACGUGGGUGGAAGCGAAUGGACAACGAGUUCUUGGUCUCAAUGAUCUUGUCUAUAAUUAUAUAAACGAACGCGUUGUUGAACUCUUCUAUAAUGUCUGCUUUGUGGAGGCACAGGAAGUGGGUUCUGCUUUUUUCAUUAUCAUUUCGUCUUCUGGAAUACACCAAAUACUUGGAAUAGAUUUGGCUUUGACUUUUGAUCGAACACCUGUGGUCGUUUACUCUCGGGAACAGAUCGAUGUGGAAAUGGAAAUGCCUUUGGUUUCACCAUGUCCUCUAACUAGGCUAUUAGAUCAACGGCAGCAAUUGUUGUCGUGUACUGACAUAGACCGACGUUCUGAAGAAAAGCGAGGACUAUUCGCUAUAUUGGAAGAAGAAUCAAUGUUCCCUGGUGCUACUGAUGAGAGUCUCUUGGAACGAAUUUUCGUGCAUCUUGGAGACGACUCCAGACUCAUACGUCGUGCCACUCGUCCUAUGCAGUUUGUCCUAGAGCAUGCCAUGUCCUGCUAUCCAACGACAUAUGAUAUCAGCGGAUGGGUAAAACAAGCCCAACCAUGCGAGAGUGGUGCUGCUGCUCGACCGUUACUUAUUCAAAGCAAAAGGUUGGAGAGAUACUGCUUCUUUUCUCCUGUGCAAGAAUUGUAA